GCUUCUAGGAAACAAUUUUUUUUUUUCUAACAUGUAGCAUCAAAAAUUACGUAGUAGAAAAUUACUCAGUUGCAAUUUGCUCAUUAUCAUACAAUUUACCUGCUUAUGGAUAUAUGAGGGCUUUGUAUAUUAUAAAUAUGUCUGCGAAUAAAGUAUCUGAUUACACUACAUAUCGUGAAAUAACUAAAAAUUUAAUGACAAUAAGCGGCCUAUGGCCUUACAAAAAUUCAAAUAUUUUUUACCGGCUCAUACCAUAUAUCCAAAUAAGUAUAAAUUUAGGAAUGGCAUUAGUGAUACUUGGUUUUGUUCGUCAACAUUUUACAAAUAUUGCCCUAGUUACGCGUGGCUUAAGUAUUAUGACAAGUUUUUUAACGGUUAUUAUAAAGGUAAUUUGUAUGUUGAUAAACCAGAAAGAUUUAGUGGAGUUACACAAUAAUCUUGAUCCAUACUUUAAUGAAUUACUAAAAAAUUCAAAACUAUUGAAGCUUAUUUUGAAAAAAGUCAAAAUCUUUAGACUUUUAUCAUUGGCUUUAGUUUUUUGCGUUCUUUUUUCUGUGUUAUUUUAUGUUGCUACCCCACUAAUUUUUAUAAUAAAACGUCAUUAUCAUCAUAUAAAAAUAACAAAAUAUCCACUGAUUUACCCGAGCGGCUACCCGUGGAAAGUAACAUCAAGUGGAUUUAUUUAUCAAAUUCAUUUCGCUUUUGAAUUUCUUGCUUCAUUAGCAUUAUUUUUCGUAACAACAAGUAUCGAUUCUCUGUUUACCCUUUAUAUUUUUCAAAUGAUCGGACAAUUACGUGAAAUUUCUUAUCGCAUCACUCAUAUUGAUGAAGACGAAAAUGAAAAUAAAGACAGUGUAGUUCGCAAAUGUGUCAUUCAGUAUGAAAAAUUAAUGAGAUGCCGUGAAAUACUCGAGACAAUUUAUGGACCAGUGAUUCUUUGGAUCAUGGGAACCAACGCUAUUGUGCUUUGUACUCUAUUAUUUCAGAUAUCACAGAUGAAAAGUAUAUCUAUCAUACGAGGAUUAUUAUUCACAACAUACAUUGCAUUGAAAAUGAUUCAGACAUUUAUGUACGCUUGGAGUGGAUCGAGUUUAACUGAAGAGAGUGAAAAUUAUAAACACGCUGUUUAUGCUGCCAAUUGGUAUGGGAAUAAACGUCUUAUGGACUCUGUAAUUAUCACACUUUCGCAGAAGCCACUGACUUUGACCGCUUGCAAUUUUUCAGUUGUUUCUGUUGACAUUUUCGUUAUGGUUCUCAAUACAACGGUGUCAUAUUUUUUCCUAUUACAAACACUUGAUGAUCUACAAAGUAGCAUUGGGAAUUGCGUAGUAGAAAAUUACCCAGAUGCAAUUUGCUCAUUAUCAUACGAUUUACCUGCUUAUGGAUAUACGAGGGAUUUGUACACUGUAAAUAUGUCGGAGAACAAAGUAUCUGAUUAUAUUAUGUAUCGUGAAGUUACUAAAAAAUUAAUGACCAUUAUCGGACUAUGGCCUUACGAAAAUUCAAGUUUUUUUUAUCGACUUGUUCCAUACAUUCAAAUGGGUUUAAAUUUAGGAAUGGCAUUAGCAAUAUUUGGUUUUGUUCUUGAACAUUUUCCAAAUAUUGCUCUAGUUACUCGCGGUUUAAGUAUUAUGACAAGUUUUAUUACUGUUAUUUUGAAGGUUGCAUGCUUAGUAAUAAAUCAAAAAGAUUUAAUGGAACUACAUACGAAUCUCGACCCACACUUCAAUAGAUUAUUAAAUGACUCAAAACUAACUGAACUUAUUUUGAAAAAAGUUAAAAUAUAUAGAUUUUUAUCAUGGGCAUUAACCUUUUGUGUUUUUACUUGUCUAACAGCUUAUAUUAUUGCUCCAUUAGUUUUUAUAAUUAAUUGUUACUUUAAUAAAACAAAAAUAACAAAAUAUCCAUUGGUAUACCCGAGUACGUAUCCAUGGAAAAUAAUAUCUAAUGGAUUUGUGUAUAAACUUCACUUUAUUUUUGAAACGCUUGCAACGUCAGCUUUAUUCUUUGUUACAACGAGUGUAGAUUCUCUAUUUACGCUGUAUAUUUUUCAAAUGGCUGGGCAACUACGAGAAAUGUCUUACAGCAUUACUCAUAUUGAAAACGAAAGUGACGGACAUGCUGUGAUAGGCAAAUGUGUUAAUCAGUAUGAAAAAUUAAUGAGAUGCCGUGAAAUACUUGAGACAAUUUAUGGACCAGUGAUUCUUUGGAUUAUGGGAACUAAUGCUAUUGUACUUUGUACACUAUUGUUUCAAAUAUCACAGAUGAAAAGUAUAUCUAUUAUACGAGGGUUAUUAAUUGGUGCAUAUGUUGGAUUAAAGAUGGUGCAAACAUUUAUGUAUGCAUGGAGUGGAUCAUGUUUAACAGAGGAGAGUGAAGACUAUAGAGAUGCUGUUUAUGCUGCCAAUUGGUACGGAGAUAAACAUUUUAUGGACUCAGUAAUCAUUACACUUUCUCAAAAACCAUUAACUUUGACCGCUUGUAAUUUCGCCUUAGUCACUGUUGAUAUUUUUGUCAAGGUUCUCAAUACGACGAUAUCAUAUUUUUUUCUGUUACAAACCAUUGACGAAUAA